AUGGCCUCUGACCCGAAGAAUCUCUACGGUUAUGUGCCGUCCAACAUUGCAAGCAUCGCCGUUGCGAUCAUCUUUCUUAUCCUUACCUUGCUACAUCUCUGGAGAAUAAUUGCGACUCGACAGUGGUUUGGUAUGGCCACGGUUGUGGGGGGUGUUUUCGAAGUGAUUGGCCUUGCGGCUCGAGCCGUCUCCCACCACGAUGUUGCUUCCACGGGCCCAUACAUCAUUCAAGUCCUGCUCAUCCUUCUCGCGCCCAUCAUCUUCUCCGCUGCCGUCUAUAUGUUCCUCGGACGGUUGAUCCGCGCAUCAGGAUACCCUCAACUCUCCUUCAUCCGAAUCAACUGGUUGACCAAGCUCUUCGUCUGCGGUGAUAUAAUUUGCUUCUUGAUUCAAGGCUCCGGUGCUGGCAAGCUCGUCAACGCACAUAAAUCAUCUGAGAUCACAUCGGCACAAAACACUGUUCUUGGCGGUCUUGGUCUCCAAGUGUUCUUUUUCUGCAUAUUCCUUCUCUGCGCCAUCGUCUUUCACAAGCGAGUCUCUAAGCCUCAUUUCGCGAGGAAUUUGGACCCAUCACUUCGUCUGUCAAUGACGCUUUAUUCGCUUUAUUUCUGCAGUGUCCUCAUCAUCAUUCGAAACAUCUAUCGUCUCAUCGAAUACAAGACCGGGCAGUCUGGAUACCUCCAGAUGAAUGAGUGGCCAGCCUACGUCUUCGAUAUUGCUCUCAUGGCUAUUUUGAUGAUGGUCAGCUUGUUUUGGUAUCUCGCCAACACAAAAGCUCGAACUUUGGAAACCCUCCCUUUGGAUGAUUGCCAUAGCGAAGCUUAG